AGGUGCAGCGAGCCGGCGGUCCAGCGGCACACGCGGCAGCGAGGAGUCCAGGUCUCCUCCUGCGAGUCCUGCGUCCCUGCGCCCUUUCUGCUGGAUGCCCGGGACCCUCGGAGCCCAGAUGGGGAAACUGAGGCACAAGGAGUUACGUUGCUUGCCUGGAAUUGUACAGGAAAUGGCGAACUGGUCUUGGAACCGAUGUGGCUUUAAUCCAGUCCGGAGGCCCUGAACUGCUCUGCCUGGCGAUAUGAGCCAGGGUGGUGAGGUGAAGCGGCUCAGAUCCGGCUGGCCAGAGGCGCCCGGAGCCAUGUCAGAACUUUGAGCAAGUCCUGGUGACAGGGACCGGCUGUCACCCACCGGUCUUCCCAGCCCGACUUCAAGAUGCUGAGCCUGAAGCUACCCAGGCUGCUGAGCAUGGAGCAGGUGCCCCAGGUGUUCCAUGAGCAGGGCAUCCUCUUCGGCUACCGACACCCACAGAGUUCCGCCACUGCCUGCCUCCUCAGCCUUUUUCAAAUGACCAAUGAGACCCUCAACAUCUGGACGCACUUGCUGCCCUUCUGGUUCUUCUCGUGGAGGUUUGUGAGCACCCUGCAAGUGACGGACAUCCUGAAUGACAGCUACUCCUGGCCUCUGCUCGUGUACAUGGGCGCCAGCUGCUUGUUCCCCCUGGCAUCCAGCUGUGCACACACCUUCAGCUCCAUGUCCAGGAACGCCCGCCACAUCUGCUACUUUCUGGACUAUGGCGCCGUCAACCUCUUCAGCCUGGGCUGUGCCAUCGCCUACUCUGCCUAUGUUUUCCCGGACACGCUGGUGAGCACUACUUUCCAUGACUACUACCUGACCCUGGCUGUGCUGAACACCAUCGUUAGCAUCUGGCUCUCCUGCUACUCCAGGUUUUUUGAGAUACAGAAGCCCGGGCUCUGUAAGAUGCUUCGUGUCCUGGCCUUUGCUUUUCCCUACACCUGGGACUCCCUUCCUGUCUUAUUCAGGGUAUUCCUGCUCCCCGGGGAGAGUGCAGAGAACGAAGCCACCGUGUACCACCAGAAGCACGUGGCCAUGACCCUCCUGGCCUCUUUCUUCUACUCUGCGCAUCUGCCGGAGCGCCUGGCCCCUGGACGCUUCGACUACAUCGGUCACAGCCACCAGCUGUUUCACGUGUGUGUGAUCCUGGCCACACACAUGCAGAUGGAAGCCAUCCUUCUGGACAAGACUCUGAGGAAGGAAUGGCUGCUGAUGCACUGCAGGCCCCUGGUGUUCGCCCAGAUAGCCGGAGCCAUACUUCUGUGCCUCGUCUUCAGCCUCAGCAACAUAGUUUAUUUCUCAGCUGCUCUGUAUCGGAUUCCCGAGCCGGAAUUACAUAAAAAGGAAACCUGAUUCAUACCAUAAGCUUUUCGUACCAAAUGUCAGCAUUAAGCUACAACACCCUAACUACCAUAAGCCAAUGGCAUGGUCCCAGUUUGCAGUGGCCUAAAAUAUUUAGAAUGCUUGAUAUCUUGGCAUUUUUGAGCGGGUUCAGGUCAAUAAGGUGUUUAACUGGGGACAUUUCUCUAGAUGUGCAUUGGAUUCUCUAAGUACGAUUUUAAAAGGGGGACAUGGGUUCAAGUCAGUCCUCAUUCAUGCAAAUCAUUAUUUCAUUUAGCUUUUAAUUUAUUUAAAGUAUGUUCUCCGAUUCUAUUUAAACAGCUGGAUUAGGCAUUACCACCCUUGUAGCUUUACUAUUAAAUAGUUGGAUUAAGCCUUACUACCCAUGAAGUAUUACUCUUGGAAAAUGGAACACGCUUCAUCUGAUGAGUUUCAUGUAGCAAAGCCUCUCCUACCACAGUGGAGGAGUAUGAGCUGGGAAGGUCAGUCAGGGAACCUGAAAAAACGGAAACUGAGUCUGCGGGAGCUGUGGGGUCUGGGAAGGCAUUCCAGAAUGAACAAACCUGGUUUGGGGAGGGGUCUUCUUCCUUUCCCCACCUAGUGAAGGAAAUGAAUUGAAAGAGCGCCCUCUUUCCCCCGCAAGUCCAUUCUGCUUCACCAUAGAAGGUUCCCAUGCCAUUAUGGACUUGGAUUUUGUUGAAAGUUCACAGCCUGUGGCUGGGUGUCAUAUGCUCUGUUUUGCUCUGUUUUCUUGUUGCCAGCUUGAUGCUGUGAAGUAUUAUGCAGCACAGGUAAAGUGUGUUACCUAGAGGGCACUAACUGAAUUAAUCCCAAUUGGUUGUACUCAUCUAUCACCCUUUAACCAAUGACAUCGCAAUAUUUGGGGAGGUGAUACAUUUAAUGUUGCUUCAGCAUUUCAUAUGUGCUGCAGAAUUUAACGUUCAUGUGCAGAGGGUACUAAAGACUUUGCCAAAAGAAUGGAAACACUUGGUGAGCUUGUGAUAAAUGUAGAUCCCCCAGGCAAAUCAGGAGACGCUGCUUUACUAGUUUAAAAUGUUGGUUUCCUGCAGAAGGUCUGUACUGGGACAAGUUCCCCAGGUGAUUGUCAGGAGGGUCAUGGGCCAAACUUGCAGAAAUGCCGGUGUCACGAGUUCCAGAAUGCCCAGGGCCCAUCAGCUGUGUUUUGAUUGGUCCAACUUUCAGCAGCUCACCACCUAAGGCUGUGUCCUCUGCUUUUCACUCUGUGGAGUACUGAAACACUGAAUAUUUUCUCAUCUGUUGCAGUACUCAUUAAAAGUUCAGUAUUUCGUGGUGUUUUCAUAGAGUACAGAAAUGCUGAGGCCCAUUACUCCCUGACAUGCACUUGCUGACGACUUAAGGGGCCAUCCAUCGCAAUGCAGGAGCCUCUUCUGCUGACUCAGGAACACCCCAGUUUCUUAGAACACUGCCUCUAUGGUUAACUGGCCCAGACGUUUGAAUGACCUUGUAAGUUUAGCUCAUCAGCUAAUACUCUGAAGACAAGAAGCAAUUUAUAUCGGAUAUGAGUGGUCAACAAAUAUGAUUUCAUUAGUUUUAUUGUCUGUUUACUUCCUCUGGGGAAGGUAGACUGAUAAAAUUAUAUAGGCUGGUAAAUUUUUGGUACAUUAAUUGCAAGCUGCACGACAAAAUUUGUUUUUUUGGCAAGAGGUUGACACUAUUACUGAAGUUGUACUCCAGCAGGGGUUCUGGGCUUCCAUUUCAUCUUACUGUAACUUCAGUUUUAUGGUGGACAGAGGUACUAACUUUACGUACUCCAUUUUAGUAAUGCCAAAGGCAUGACGGUUUCUUAAUUCUCUUGUUUAUAGAAAGUAACAUAAGGUUCUUCAUUUAGCUCAGAAGUAGUUGAAAGAUCACAGGUGACUAAUCUGAAGGACUUUUAGAAUAUUUAGUCUUUGGUUACAUUGCUUUUUCAGCAUUGCUUAAUGAUGAAAAUGAAAUGUUAAAUCAACAAAAUAAGGCCAAGUGUUUCAUAAUGUUUUUAUACAUUUGGUAAACUUAGUCCCGUUGUAUACUUUUGGACAGUGUUACAAUUAACUUUUAUAACAGUUUGCAGGACACUGAUUUGGAAACUUAUAAUGAUGAAUGAGAAUGUGUUCAAAUAUAUUCAUUUUCAUUAAGUAUUAUGAAUUCUAAUGUGAAUAUAGUUUUGCUAAGCCAUUUCAGAAAUUUAAAAGACUGGCAGUGGGCCAGGUGAAAACCUCA